AGAUACUAGUGAAAAUACGGAGAGCAUAUAUAUACAUUAAUAAGAAAAAGAAGAGAACGAUUUUGUGAAGAGAAGCAGCGAACAAACUAGGGCUUUGGCCAAGGAUGAAGCUACGAGGAAGGAAGACCGGAGCAGAUAAGAGCAAAAGAAUAAGAAGACAAUCUUCACCGUCGGUAGAGUCAACACCGUCCUUACCUCUCGACCUAACCACCGAGAUAUUCUUAAAGCUGCCGGCAAAAUCUAUCUUGAGGUUUAGUUGUGUUUCGAAGCUUUGGUCGACGAUUACCACCCAGCCAGAUUUCGCCAAGACGUUCGAAACUAGGUCGAAACUUCUACUCUUUUUCAAACACGAUGAUAAGCUCUUUGUUUCCUCGGUUUCUCAACAAAACCCGCUUCCGAAUGAGUCAUAUUUGCAUUAUUCUUCUUGGCCUAUUGAUAGUUACCAUAUGACAUUCCCAAAAAGCUGUUCCUUCACCUCCAAAACUGAAUCGGUCCAUGGCUUGAUCUGCUUCCGAAAGGCAGCAAAAUUCACGGUAUGGAACCCUACCAUGAGAAAGUUCUUAGCUCUACCCACGGCAGACAUGAGCUGGAAUGAUAUAGCAUUCUUUUUAGGGUACGAUCCAGUCGAGUGUAAGCACAAAGUAAUGUGCCUGCCUUCUAAAGAAACAUCUGAUGAAUGUCUGGUUUUGACAUUGGGAUCAGGCAAAGAAGAAUCAUGGAGAAAAAUCAAAACCAACCAUAAACAUCUUCCUUUCUGUGGCUACCACAUGCGUGUUCAUGGACAAUGCAUCAAUGGUGUUUUGUAUUAUCAAGCCAGACUUGGUUCUGGCCUGGCCAUGAUGAGCUUCGAUGUAAGAUCUGAAAAGUUGAGUGUGAUACCAGUUCCAUGGGAAACAUUUGGGCAGAUGAGGUUGAUAAUUUAUGGAAGAAAGUUAGCUUGUGUUGGUUACUCUGGGAAUAGUAUGUGGGUUUUGGAGGAUCCAGAGAAUCAUCAAUGGUCGAGUCUUAUAUUUUUACCUCCUUCUCACUAUGAUCAGGUGCAAAACUUCAAACUAGUGGGUGUCACUGAUGGUGGUGAGUUGAUUUACGUGCAAAGCACGGUGUUCAAACUUUUACCUGUUAUAUAUAUUCAUCCUGCGAGAAAGAGCUUUAGGAGAGUCGAGUAUAGAGGCAUUGCGGAUGAAGAUGCUAGACAACGUCAUGGACUUGGUGAGGGGCGUCUUCGAGUGUUCCAAGUUUUCCCCAAUCAUAUUGAAACUCUAUUGUCUUUGUGAUUGUUUCUCUUUGUUUUCUUCUUGUUUUUUUUUUUAAUAAUUGACAUUCAGCU